CUGGCAUCAGUGCAUGUCUCCCUCUCCCAGAGGGGUCACUGCCAAGGAAUUGUUAGGUCAUACCCAGGGAUUGAAUCACGCAGGUGGACAAUGACCUGGCUAUGAGGAGGGUGAAACUUCAACUUCUUAGACCAUGCUGUGGUCGAGCAACCCUUCUACACCUGGAAAACAGACAUUCUGGGUGUGUUCUUGGCCACCAGGGCUCUUUCAGCUCACCAGACACUGGCUGACAGGCCCUGAGCAUGCAGUAGGAAGCCAGUACAGCAGGAAGCUCUCCUGAGAACGAAGUAUUAGGAAGACGUGAUUUCCAAAGCUAAUUAUGAAAACAUUUACCAUUGGAAUCAGUGGUGUAACAAAUGGUGGGAAGUCAACGCUGGCUAAGAAUUUGCAGAAACACCUCCCAAAUUGCAGUGUCAUAUCUCAGGAUGAUUUCUUCAAGCCAGAAUCUGAGAUAGAGACAGAUAAAAAUGGAUUUUUGCAGUAUGAUGUGCUUGAAGCGCUUAACAUGGAAGAGAUGAUGUCAGCCAUUUUCUGCUGGAGGGAAAAUGCAGGGCACUCUCUGGUACCGACUGAGGAAACCCCCAUUUUAAUAAUCGAAGGUUUUCUUCUCUUUAAUUAUAAGCCCCUUGACACUCUGUGGAACAGAAGCUAUUUUCUGACCAUUCCAUAUGAGGAAUGUAAGAGGCGGAGGAGUACAAGGGUCUACGAGCCUCCAGACACCCCAGGGUACUUUGACGGCCACGUGUGGCCCAUGUAUCUAAAGCACAAACAAGAAAUGGAGGAGGAAGUCACGUGGGAAAUCGUUUAUCUAGAUGGAACAAAAUCUGAAGAAGACCUUUUUUCACAAGUAUACGAAGAUCUAACACAAGAACUAGCAAAGCAAAAGUGUUUGCAAGUAACAGCAUAAAGACAGAAUGCAACAAAUCCUUCCUGGAAUGAUUUAGAAAACUCAAAGGAAUAUAUCUAAGAACCUUAACUGAGCUACAACACGUUCUGUGGUACAAGGACAGCUGUUGUUUUGUAUGUUUGUUUCUUACUGCACAUGGUUUUCUGAACGUGUGGAAGAGUAACUAUCCCCGCCAGUGGACAGGAAUAGACCCUAAUGACAAGUCGGUCCCACUUCAGGAAGUGCACAGAUGUAGCAUAGCUCACAACGAGUCAUAAAGCCUUCACUUUCUGAGCACAGCUCUGUAAUAAUGAUUGUCAAACUUUCCUGACUAGGACCCUGAGUAAGAAAUAAAGAGUACGUCACAGGCCAGCAUACAGAGAAUCCGUUGUGGGUGUUGGCAUGUUAAGUGUGUGUGUGUGUACACACAUCAAGUACAUGACAUUGGCCUUACGUAUGUAUUAUACACUGUGAUAUUUUCCUAUUUUUAAUUUUUUUAAGUAAUAGUUUCAACUCAGAAAAAUAGUUCUCUGUUGCCAUCCCAUACCAACACCACCUUCAAAUAAUUGGAUUAUCAGUAGUAGCAGUCACAUUGAAUAAAUCAACAAUUUACUGUAAUAUCUGGCUGUUUGGGGGUGUUUCGUUACGGGUUUUUUCAUGUAUCUAAUACCAUUAUGUCAUUUGUGUUGAGACUUUGUUACAAAUAGGGUUUCCCCUCUGUGGUUUAUUUUGUGUUUUUUUCCAAACUAUAAUUUAAGCAUCACAAAAAUAAGCAAUACUUGAAUCAUGUGGAAUUCAGGAGACCUUUCUUCAAAAGCAUGGGCACGAGAGUUGUAUUGUGUGAUGUCUUAAGGCCACUUUUGGAUUUAAAUUAUGCACUGAUGAAUCUUUUCUUCAUUAAUAAUAAGCAGAUUGCCCACAACUGUCAUGAUC